AUGGCUGGCCACAACACGAUGCUCGCAGGCAUCUACUGCACCGACAACAUCCACCUGGUCAUCGGGACGAACCCGCUCGCGGCGGCGCGGUGCGCUACAUCCCUCGCCGCGGGCGCCCACCCCGUGCUCGUGGCCCCGGCCGCGGCAGAAUUGCACUGCAACCUGCAGACCAAGAUCGAGCAGGGCCUGGUGCGGUGGCACCAAAAGACGAUUGACGAGGCGGACCUGUUCUCCCUGGGCCGGGACGAGGUCGGCCGCACCGUCGACGCCGUCUUCGUGGCCUCGGGGCCGAGAGAGCCUCUGGCGGCGCGCAUCUCCGAGGCGUGCCGGCGCAACCGCAUCCCCGUCAACGUCGUCGACGCGCCGCACCUCAGCACCUUCAGCCUGCUGUCGACGCACACCGACGGCCCGCUGCAGGUCGGCGUCACCACCAACGGCCGCGGCUGCAAGCUCGCCUCGCGCGUGAGGCGCGAAGUCGCCUCCUGCUUGCCCCCGGGACUGGGCGCCGCCUGCACCCGCCUGGGCGAGCUGCGGCGCCGCAUCAUCCAGCAAGACGCCGACCGCCAUGACGACCGCCACCACGCCCUGGCCCCCGUCUCGGCCGGCGACCUCGACGACUCGCUCGGCCAGAGCGCCCUCUUCAACACCCUCGUGCCCGCGGCAAACGACGCCGACGACGACGACGACGACGCCCGCUCCCGCACCCGCCGCAUGCGCUGGCUCGCCCAGAUGUGCGAGUACUGGCCGCUGAAGCGCCUGGCCGCCGUCACCGACGGCGACAUGGACAAGCUGCUCCUCGCCUACUCCUCGCCGCCGGUCCGUCUCCCCGAGCCCGGGCCAGCCACAAAGCGUCCCAGGGGAAGAAUCAUCCUGGCCGGCGCGGGACCGGGCCACCCCUCCCUGCUCACGUCGGCGACGCUCCACGCCAUCCAGACGGCCGACCUCGUCCUGGCAGACAAGCUCGUGCCCUCGGGCGUGCUGGACCUGGUCCCGCGCCGCACCGCCGUCCAAAUCGCCCGCAAGUUCCCCGGCAACGCCGACAAGGCCCAGCAGGAGCUCCUCGAGACGGCCCUGGCGGCCGUCGAGUCGGGCAGGACGGUCCUGCGCCUCAAGCAGGGCGACCCGUUCAUAUACGGCCGCGGCGGCGAGGAGGUGGCCUUCUUCCGGGCCCGCCGGCUCGGGCACAGGGUGACGGUGCUGCCGGGGGUGACGAGCGCCCUGAGCGCGCCGCUGCUCGCGGGCAUCCCCCCGACGCAGCGCGGCGUCGCGGACCAGGUGCUCCUGUGCACGGGGACGGGGAGGGACGGCCGCCCGCCCCAGCCGCCCGAGUACGUGGCCGGCCGGACGGUGGUGUUUCUCAUGGCGCUCCAUCGCGUCGCCGGCCUGGCGGCGGAGCUGACUGGCGGCGACGGCAGCCGCGCGCCGUGGCCGCCGGGGACGCCGUGCGCCGUCGUCGAGAGGGCCAGCUGUCCCGACCAGCGCGUCAUCCGCACCACGCUGCGGCACGUCGUCGAGGCCGUCGAGGCCGAGGGCAGCCGCCCGCCCGGCCUGCUUGUCGCGGGGGCCGCGUGCGAGGCGCUGUCGCCGUCGCCGUCUGCACUCGACAGCCCGCCGCCCGCGUGGGUCGUCGAGGAGGGCUUCCACGGGCUCGACCUCGACGCCGACGAGGAGCAGUGGACCGCCAGUCUGCAGGCCGCCGCUGUGGGGGGCGGUUCUUGA